AUAACCGUCACGUUCCUCUCAGAGCUGUCCAAUCUAUGAGGCCUUGAUGACCAAUCGCCCCUGUGAUAGGUCGUCCAAGUCCACACGCUGCCCAUCUGGUCAAUUCCUCCCCGCGCCCGUGUAAUCGCUGCCAUCUCCGCAACUCCACAAACUUGGAACGCAUGCAUCCCGUCAAUCGCAGGAUGUCUCGUCGGGGAACACGGACGUUACUCCGCCGGCAUUGAAAGGACUAGCCUGGUUGUUUGCUCAUUCAUCCGACACAUUUAGCCGACGCAAUUGGGUCGCCAUCAAUUGCCGGCAAUAGUCCUUAUCGCAUCCUCGAAGAAGCGAGACGAGCAUCAUUUCAUAGACGAUCACAAGAGCUCGCGAUGAUACGAAACGCCGGGGCCAAAAGCAAAUUGAUCGACAUGAUGUAAAUGUGGUUGAUUAUUCCCACGGAACACAGCGGCACGAACACAUCCGAAAUGAACCAUCACCUCAUCGAUGAUUCCCCCCGCGUAAAUCUCCCCCACACUCAGGUAUCUUGGCCUCCUCCACACUGGCCCGAGAGCAAUCUAGCCCGCCGGCUCACCCACGCGAACCCCACACAUCCUUCCCGUCGGCCCUUCCUUUCCCCAGCCUCCUCUCCCAAAGCCGAGGGAGCGCCAUAUGGGAUCCGCCGGCCGGCCUUAUCUCUGCUCCGUAGGACAUGAUUGGCAGCACGUUCCGGCACCAGCUCCCCCGCUCAUGCGAAUGCAACGCUGCUACUGCUUCGGUCCGAUCGAAAAAGCAAAAAGGGCCACCGCAUCAGCUUAGCCGCCGUGCAUGGAGAUAUCGGCUGCGCGACGAUCCCCACACGGUCUCACCUCAUGCCAGGGCACUGCUCGAGGGCUGAAAGCGUUGGGGAGGAUGACGAGAUCGCUAUCGUUCGGUGGAGACGGAUCUGUUGGGCGACUGAUGGACGGCGCUUUCUCCGCACCGUUCCCAUUGAUGCAUUCCGGGGAAAGGAAAGGCUAUGUGCGGUACUCCAUGGGGAGCCAAACUCCGGGGAUCAUCAUCGUGACUGCACGAACCUUGGAUGUUGAGAGACAGCGACUAACCGAGGGAUAUAGGGAUGAUGCAAUUGA